AUGUUCACGCGCCGGAGACCCAGCACCGCGCCCGUGGAGGAUGGGGAGGAGGUGUUGCCGUAUCGCCCGGUCAAGGCGAAGUUCGUCCAACUGCACGUCACCAGCGACGAUAUCAAUGUCUCGCCGCCGACGCGACGCCAGAGGAUCGAUGACUUCCGCAAACCUGCCAUCCCCGAGCGCACGACGUCGCUGCAUCGCAAGACGGAUACUUGGCCCGCGAGUAUCAGGGAGCAGAGAAGAGCUGGGGGUUAUAAUUUUGAUGGGACGCCGACGCUGGUGCGGACACCGUGGGAGUGGGAGAGGGGACGGCCGAACUCGCAGUGGUCGAGAGGCUCGGAUCGGUUGAGCAAUCUGCCCAAGAAGAUUUUCGCGCAGUUGCCCAGGGAGAUAUAUCAGUGUAUCGUCGAGCAUGUGGAGGGCGUGCAUACCGUGGGGCAGACGGUGGAUGUUCCUGCUCUCCGCCAUGAUUUACGGUCUUUGUGUCUGGUGGAUAAGAGGUGGCAUCGUGUCGCGAGGGAUCAUUUGUAUCGAGAGCUAUGGUUGCCGAGCAAUAAAGCCCCUACGAAGAGGACGUUCUCGCGGCAGCAGAAGCCUAGUCGACUGCGAUUGUUGCUGAAUACCCUGCGGACGGCUCCUGGCCUGGCGUUUCUGGUGCACAGCAUUCGAGUGACGUUCGAGCUGGCGAAUGAGUUGGAGGCGGACGUGCAGUCUACUUUCAAGAAGGCGUCAACAUUGGACGUGCUGCAGGAGAUUAUAAAUGGUUGUUAUAACCUCGAGCAAUUCAGUGGAUAUGUGUUGCCGGCGACGACGACCACGAGGGACGUUUUUGAUGCGUUGUCGACACGAACGCGGAUGAAGUCGCAUGUCUGGAAGCUGGACUCGAAUCAUGAGUUGCCUAGUCUGCUGGAUUUCAUUCACUGCCAUGCGAAUUGGAUGAGGCUGGAAACGUUGGUUCUUUCGGCGGACCCUGGAGUGGAUCUUGGACAAGUAGCAGUGUCUGCGGUGCUGCAUCGACUCCCGGCGUUGAAGCAUCUGAUGCUGUCUGGCUUGCAUCAAUCCGACGUCAAUAACACGACGAUUCUGACUUUGCCGGCUCUCAAAUCUUUAAGGUUCUCGAAUCUAGCAGGUCUGACCGAUCAGGGCAUCGAACAGCUCGCAUACUCACGAUUGGCUUCUUCUUUGGAAAAGCUCAGUCUCGUUGGUCUGGAGCUUGGAUCGCUUCAGACAGUACAGACUGUGUUGGCUCAUCUCACCCGCCUCAAAAGCUUCGCUCUCGUCCAAGACGCUUCUCCCGAGAGCAGCACAGGCGUGAGACCAUCCAGCAGACCAGGCCAACUCUCCUCUCCCAGCCUCCGCUACCUCCAUUGGGAUUGUCUCCUCCCAGGCUCUGCCAUAACUCACCUCGCCGACGCCAUAUCCACCAACAAAUUCCCGCAUCUCCGCAAGAUCAAAAUCCCCUGCGACUACGACGGCGCGAUCCAAGCCCUCUGCCGCCCCAUCCCCCGCGAACAACUCACCAAAGCCGACAUCCAGUACCUCUCCGAACACACGACGCACAAGUACGAGCGAGACCUGCGAGUUUCGCAGAUCCAGGCGCAGCUGAGGGUCCGCGAGAGUCGGCAGCAGCCCAGCUUUAAUGUAGUCGUGCAGGAUGAGAGCAUGGAGAUUUGCUCGACGCAUGUAAUUGGGAGCUAUCUGGGUGAUAUGGCUUCGAAGAUUGAGUACUGUCUGGCGGCGGACGCUGGGGAUCGCGCGUUGAUUGAGUUGGAGGAUGUGGCGAGACGGAAGGGGAACUGGAGAUUGGAGACGAAGGUUGAUACAGGGAUUUUGUUUUGA